AUGGCAACUAAUGUUAGUCAAUCGAAAACUCGAAUACUAGUCUUACAUGGUUAUUAUGAUAGUGCACAAAAUCGUGAAUAUCAAAUGCGUUCUUUAGUUCGAUCGAUGAAAGAUAUCGACUUCGUUUUCAUUAAUUCGCCAUUUCCAUUUGUUAAUUAUGAUUUUUUAAAAUCAACAGAUAGUCCAUCAAAUGAAGAACGAUAUCAAUGGAUGUCAUACAAACCAACAGAAUGGUCAGUAUCAGCCUAUGACUAUGAUACAAUUAAAGAAAGUAUUGAAUAUAUAACUAAUUAUAUCAAUCAAAACGGACCAUUUGAUGGUUUAUUAGGUUUUUCUCAAGGUGCAAUUGUUUGUCUUACGAUGCUUCUAGAUAUUCCUAAUUGGUCAAUACUUCCUGCUUGCAUUAAAUUUGUUAUUCUUGUUGGUUGUCCUCCAAUCAAUGAUAAAACAAUCAAACCCAUUCUAGAUACAUUGAAUAAAAAAAAUCAAGUACCAACUUUACAUGUAUCAGGAAAAAAUGAUACUUUAAUAACAACAGAAAUGAGUGAAAUAAUUUUCAAAUAUUUUGAUCCAUCUUCUGCUGAAUUUUAUAUACAUAAAGGAGGUCAUUAUUGUCCAAAUGAUUCUAGUUUUAGACACAAAUUACAAGAAUUUAUUCAGCGUGCAUGUCAUUCAUAA